CUCUGUCGGCGUCUCUCCCGCCAUCUUUCCAGCCGGCUUCCAGGAGACGAACACGUUGCUGGAAAAAAAGAAGUUUCAGCCCCGAUUUUUUGUGUCUAAACGUCGUUUCUCGUUUGUUUUCUCUCGAGCCGGGGAACGGGAGCCGAAGAGGGCUCCACAGGUGCUAGCGUCCGUCAUUCCAGCCCUCCAUCAUGGCAGACAAAAACACCAGGAUCGCCAUCGUCAACCACGACAAAUGCAAACCGAAGAAAUGCCGUCAGGAGUGCAAGAAAAGCUGCCCAGUGGUCCGCAUGGGUAAGCUGUGUAUCGAGGUGACUCCACAGAGUAAGAUUGCCUGGAUCUCAGAGUCUCUGUGCAUAGGCUGCGGCAUCUGCAUCAAGAAAUGUCCGUUCGGAGCGUUGUCGAUCGUCAACCUGCCCAGCAACCUGGAGAAGGAAACCACACACAGAUACUGCGCCAACUCCUUCAAACUGCACCGACUGCCGAUCCCCCGGCCCGGUGAGGUGCUGGGAUUGGUGGGGACCAACGGUAUCGGCAAGUCUACAGCUCUGAAGAUCCUGGCUGGAAAACAGAAACCCAACCUGGGCAGAUACGAUAAUCCUCCAGACUGGCAGGAGAUCUUGACCUACUUCAGAGGUUCUGAGCUGCAGAACUAUUUCACCAAAAUCCUGGAGGACGACCUGCGGGCCAUCGUCAAACCGCAGUACGUCGACCAGAUCCCAAAGACUGUCAAGGGGUCAGUAGGGGCCAUCCUGAGCAGGAAAGACGACACAGACACACAGAACAUCGUCUGUGAUCAGCUGGAUCUGAGUCACCUGCGCGAGAGGAACGUGGAGGAUCUGUCCGGAGGAGAGCUGCAGAGGUUCGCCUGCGCCGUCGUCUGCAUCCAGAGAGCCGACAUAUUUAUGUUUGAUGAGCCGUCCAGUUACCUGGAUGUGAAACAGAGGCUGAAGGCUGCCAUCACCAUCCGCUCACUCAUCACCCCGGACAGGUACAUCAUUGUGGUGGAGCACGACCUGAGUGUGUUGGAUUACCUGUCUGACUUCAUCUGCUGUCUGUACGGUGUCCCCAGCGCCUACGGAGUCGUCACCAUGCCCUUCAGCGUCCGAGAGGGCAUCAAUAUCUUCCUGGACGGUUACGUUCCCACGGAGAAUCUCAGGUUUCGUGAGACCUCAUUGGUCUUCAAGGUGGCUGAGACGGCCAAUGAGGAGGAGGUGAAGAGACUCAGGCACUACCAGUAUCCAGAAAUGUCGAAGACGAUGGGCGAGUUCACGCUGGACAUCAAAGGAGGAGAGUUUACAGACUCUGAGAUCAUGGUGAUGCUGGGAGAGAACGGCACGGGGAAGACCACCUUCAUCAGGAUGUUGGCUGGAGGACUCAAACCUGAUGGGGGAGGUGAGGUUCCCAUCCUGAACGUCAGCUACAAGCCUCAGACCAUCAGCCCAAAGUUCAAGGGAAGCGUCAGAGCCCUGCUGCACGAGAAGAUCAGAGACGCCUACACUCACCCGCAAUUCAUCACCGACGUCAUGAAGCCGCUGCAGAUAGAGAGCAUCAUCGACCAGGAUGUGCAGAACCUGUCUGGUGGUGAGCUGCAGAGAGUCGCUCUCACUCUGUGUUUGGGGAAACCAGCUGACGUUUACCUGAUCGACGAACCUUCGGCCUACCUGGACUCCGAGCAGAGAUUGAUGGCCGCCAGGGUCAUCAAGAGGUACAUCCUCCACGCGAAGAAGACAGCGUUUGUGGUGGAGCACGACUUCAUCAUGGCGACCUACCUGGCCGACAGAGUCAUUGUGUUCGACGGUAUUCCCUCCAAGAUGACUGCAGCUAACACUCCUCAGGGUCUGUUAGCGGGGAUGAACAGGUUUCUGUCGCUGUUGGAAAUCACGUUCAGGCGAGACCCGAACAACUUCAGACCGCGCAUCAACAAGCAAAACUCCAUCAAGGACACAGAACAGAAGAAGAGCGGAAACUACUUCUUCCUGGACGACUAAGACGACUUCCUGUUUGACCAACCGUGACUUCCUGCAACGUUGCCGGAGCUGUGCUCAGCACCUGACAGUGUUCUUGUUGCAGUCGAGACACCUACAAACAAUAACAACUAGGCUGCAUUCAACAAAUAGCAGAUAUGUUUAAAAGAAUAUUGUAAGAAACAUAAAAAUAAAAACCCAUCAGCCUUUUAUGUACCAGGCUGCAUUCAAUAGCCAGCAAUGUUGUGACAUGUUUAAAAUGAAAAAAGUGCAUUGCAUUCUGUGUCCGUCAGCCCGAACAUACUGGGCUGUAUUCACAAGCCAGCGACAUUGUGGAACAUUAAGCAGCAUAUUUUAACACUCAUGCAUUUACAAUAAAUAAUAAUAAACUGAUGCUACCUGA